AUGACUGUCCUUCUGUUUAUGAUAGCUCUUCUUGUCAAUACGAAUCAGGCGGUCACUUACCGACCGGUAGUAUUGAUGCAUGGCAUUUUGGCAACAGCCGACGAUAUGUAUGAACUUGGCGGUUGGCUUAAUUCAUCAUUUCCGGGUAUUUACGUUGUUUCAAUUGAAAUUGGCAAUGGAUAUGACGAUUCAUUUUUAUUACCAAUGAACAAACAAGUAGAACUUUUUUGUGCUAAUAUACUUGCUGAUAAACAUCUAAGCGAAGGUUUUAACAUGCUUGGGAUAUCACAAGGUAGUUUAAUUGUUAGAGCAGCCGUUGAACGAUGCUCACUGCCUGUUUACAAUUUGAUUACCAUGGUCGGUAUUCAUCAAGGUCUCUUUGGUGAUGCUCUUUUUAAGUUGCUUCCUGUUCGAUUUUGGGAAUUGAUUUCAAAAUAUGCAUACGAAGAUUUCGUUCAAAAUACGAUUAGUGUUGCAGGUUUUUGGCGUGAUCCUUUUCAAUUGGAAAAAUACAUGAAUGCAAGUCAUUUUCUUCCUGACAUAAACAAUGAACGUAAAAUUCGGAAUGAAACCUAUCGUACGAAUAUGCUCAAGUUAAAUGGAUUUGUCAUGGUCUAUUCAGAUAAAGAUGAAAUAUUAACGCCACCACAAUCGGGCUGGUUUCUUGGCUAUGCAUCGGAAUCGGUGGUACCUGAAACAUGGAAUCAGUCGCGCCAAUACACAGAAGAUCUUAUCGGCAUGCAAACAUUACGUGAGCAAGGCAAAUUGCACAUGUUUACUUGCCAUACACGCCACGAAGAUACUGAACAUGCUCCCAAUAAAGAAUUCUUUUUUCAAAAUAUUUUGCCAUUUUUCAAUAACACACUUUAG